AUGGGUAUAUUGGACCUACAAGGGGUGCUUACUGCCCUUCUCCUGGCAUCAUCCGUCGUAGCCCAUGGCGGCCACGAGGGUGCCCCUGAGGCUGCCGCCGUCUCCGAAGAUCUUAUUGAUGCCAUAUUAUGGAUACAUAUGAUCUUGAUGGGAUUUACCUUUGGCAUCAUCUUCCCCCUGGGAAUGGUACUGGGGAUCGUCCGCUCGCGAUGGCAUGUCCCCCUUCAGAUCGUCGGCACCGUUAUCGCCGUUGUUGCAUGCUUCCUAGGCCACGCUCACAAGGGUCGUCAGUUCGGAGAGAAUGUCCAUGCCUCGUUCGCGAACCUAUUGAUGGUUCUGCUUGUGGUGCAGGUUAUUAUCGGUCUUUGUCUCAAGCUACAACUCUUCAAGAGAAUUCAUGGUCGAAUCCAUCGGAUCUUCAUGGUGCUGCAUAGCGUUCUCGGCAAAGCAAUGCCAGUUGGUGAUCAUCUCGGACAAUGUCUGGCGCAUUUCAUCAUGGGCAGCGCGUUCAUUGCCUAUGGUAUCAUGCUUACUAUCCUGCUGCUUGUUGGCCAGUUCUGGCUGCCCCGUACCGGCCGCAGUCAAGAGUUCUUCGACUCGCUGGUCAUCGCGGCCUGGGGAUGCGUCAACACCUUUACGGAGCAUCGUUGGGGAGAACCGUGGGGACACAAUGAUCUGCAGCAUACCUCUAUGGGCAUUGUCUGGUGGUGUGCCGGUCUUUUGGGUAUCUGGAUGAGCAGAAAGAGAAAUGGCCGGCCCAAGCGGAAUCUCAUCCCGGCCGUUGUUAUUCUUCUGACCGGUUGUGCAAUGUCGGCUCAUCCCCAGACUUUGAUGAUCAGCACCUUGAUUCACUCCAUUUUUGGCUACACAUUGAUGGCUGCUGGUUUUACCAGAAUCGUUGAAAUCGCCUUUGUGCUGAAGGACAAAAAUACGGUGAGCCUCGACGGCGCAGACCCGAGCAGCUUCCAAUAUCUGCCCCCUUUCCUCCUGUACGUAUCUGGCUUCCUGUUCAUGGGUGCAACAGAGGAGCAAAUGCAACUACUCCACGAUGCUGGAAUCACCCACGUGUCCUACGUCCUGAUUCUGUACAGCAUUGCCUUCAUUCUUUUCCUCUUCGUCAAUAUCCUUCUACAUAUUUACACUGUCCACGCCUGGCCCGACUCCGCCAAACUCUCUACCGAUUCCCGUUCGUUAAGCACCGCAGACCAGGCUCAUGUUUCAUUUGUGAACGACCACUCCCGCUCGAUGUCCGAGACUCAGCAGAUCAAUGACAUAGAGGCAUUCGAGUUGCAGGGUCUCAUAUCCGACGAAGAUGAGGACGGUCCCGGCAAUCGAGACCAUGCCAUGGGCCCUCGAAAAGCGGAAGAUGAAGAGAGCGCCCCUUUGGUUGCAAGGCCGUGUUAUCGAGCUGAUAUUCCAGGAUUGGCAUGA